CCGACGCUCACAUCAAAUGGGGAGGUUGAGUAAUCUUAAAAUGUUAUUUACCUUUCUUGCAUCCCGUUUAGAGAGAUUAUAGGUGGUUUUGCGACACAGUCAUUCACUCAAAUCUCAUCGUCGGAGGACAUCUCAAUCAAAGAAAUUUGUAAUGUGGGUAAAAACUUCAACUUGUGCCAGAUGGUUGCACCUUCGGGAUUGAAAUCAUUCAGGAAUCUCGCGAACGGUAGCAAUAUUUAUACGUGGCAUCCAUCCCCUGCUGUCUAAACAUUAGUCAUCCAAACAAAAUCUUUAGUUUUCAGCAUGUCGUCCAAGAGGAUCUUCAACAUAAUAGUUGUGACAUCAACGUUUUGGUUCUCCGUUACUGUAUUAGUGCUGAUGUUCAACAGUGAGGUAACACGCGAAUCACUAACGAUGCUCAACGCGCCGGUAGUUUUAGACAGUGAUAAACAUCACUACAUGAAAGGAGCUGGUGUAAAUCCUUUACGUCCUGUCGACCAUCAAAAGCACAUUAAAUACCCUUGGGAAAAGGAUUCUUCUGAAAAACCGGCGGCCAAAGACGGCCUUUUGUCUAGCGCUGCCAAAGCAGUGAAUGUUUUGGCGGGGGUUCUUCCAAAAAACAGUGGUUCAAGAACUCGAGAAGUUUACGACGCGAGCAUAGCAAAACGCACGAAUCCUGGUGGUCUCGGAGAAGGAGGCAAACCGGCUUACUUAAUGUCCGACGAGGACAAAAAACUUGCGGAACAACAUUUUGGCGACCAUUCAUUCAACUGGGUACUUAGCGACAAGAUUUCGUUGGACAGGACCUUAGAGGACGUGAGAGGAGACCGUUGUAAGGCCAAACAUAACACAUACCCAACCAAGCUGCCAACAACGACUGUCAUAAUCUGCUUCCACAAAGAACGAUUGUCUGUGCUGCUCCGCACCAUACACAGUGUCAUUAACAGGACGCCACCUGAUCUGCUCAGUGGAAUUAUUGUUGUUGAUGACUUCAGUGAGGAUGAGAGACUUGGUAAACCACUGGAUGACCAUGUUGCAACAAUGAGCAAAGUGACCGUGCUACGGAACGAUAAACGGGAGGGGCUUGUUCGCGCACGCUUGAAAGGUGCCUACGCGGCCAAAGGUGAAGUUCUCACGUUCCUUGAUUCGCACUGCGAGGCGACCCCAGGCUGGGCAGAGCCUCUUUUGGCGCGAAUUGCAGAUUCACGCUCCAAUGUUGUGUGCCCCGCUAUCGAAGUCCUGAAUGCCGACACAUUUGCGUACCAAGGCUCUGCAAACGCUGAUCAGAGAGGAGGAUUCGGUUGGGAUUUGUUCUUUAAAUGGAAAGGAAUUCCCCCGGAAGAACAGAAACUACGAAAAGAUAGUUCAGAUCCUAUCAGGACCCCCACGAUGGCAGGUGGUUUGUUCUCCAUCCACAGACAGUACUUCUUUGAUCUUGGGUCGUAUGACGAAGAGAUGGACAUCUGGGGAGGAGAAAAUCUCGAGCUUUCCUUCAGGAUAUGGAUGUGUGGUGGUCGGCUGGAGAUCGUACCUUGUUCUCGCGUUGGUCACGUGUUCCGUAAGUACACCAGCCCGUACAAAUUCCCGGAUGGAGUGGAGAAGACUCUCAACAAGAACUUCAAUCGACUGGCAGAAGUCUGGAUGGACGAGUACAAGGAACUUUACUAUAACAAGAAGCCACAGGCGAGGAACAUGGAGUAUGGAGACAUCAGUAAGCGCCUGGAGUUGAGGAAGAGAUUAGGGUGCAAAAGCUUUAAGUGGUACAUAGAAAACGUGUACCCUGAUGUCCAGAUGCCUGAGUUAAAUCCGCCAGCCAGUGGCGAGGUUCGAAACCCGCCAAGUGGAUACUGUUUGGACUCGCUUGGAGCCAAACCCGAACACUCAGCUCGAAUGGGAGCUUAUGUUUGCCAUGGGCAGGGUGGAAAUCAGAUGCUGGUAAUGUCGUCAAAAGGCGAGAUAAUCUUUGAGGAAGAGAACUGUCUUGACGUGUCGAAGUCUUAUGCUGGGGCUCCUGUGGAGAUCUUGAAAUGUCACGGGAUGGGCGGCAAUCAGAAAUGGGAACACGACAAAAAAAGCGGAAUUAUCAAACACAUCAGUACGGGUCAAUGCUUAGAUCGUGGGUCCAGCGGAGAACAGUACGUAGUUAUGAAUCCUUGCGACGGACGCGAUUCACAGAGAUGGGUCUUCUCCAAGUACAAAGAUACAUAACACCACCUGAAUGUUCCCGCUUUGGAACAAGUUGAAUAUAUCAGUUAUCACAAGAGAUCAAGCUGAGAGACUCUAUUCCCUUUGUGGGCCGUGCUCCUUAGGUAAUCUCUGUUAAGUUAUUUUUAGAUAACUCCCGUUUUUGCAGAUCCCGGAAGGAUCUAGAAACAGUCAGUCUAGUGUCGCCAAUUUUGCUCUGGUGCAUAUCCCCUGCACAGUCUGUUUGUUCUUCACUAAAUCAUUCAAAGAAAACGCAAGAUACUUGUCAUGUUACACGCAAGAAACAUGCGAGGUACUUGUGAUAUUGUUACCAGGAACCUUGAGUCUAAAACUACUAUAAACGUUCUAUUAAGCUACGGGGGUGGGGGGAGGAUAUAAUGCCAGGCAUUUUCUCUCACCCAGAUUUAAUGACUUCCGUAUAGGGCAUGUAUGUCUGGUCAAAACGCUACGAUAUUUUAAACGGAAAGCAGACUCCAAAAGACGUAUAUUUUCGUGCGCAAUGCCAAAACAAAUGACCAUAAAACUACUGUUUUAGAACUUGAGGGAAGGAGGAGACGGGAGCGUACAAGAAAAUGAUAAGCCAGGACGGGGUUUCUAAUAGAUGGGGGAAAGGGGCUCAUAUGAAAG